CCCUUCAAGUUUUUUUGUUUUUUUGGGUUGGGUUGGAGAAUCUCUUCUUCUCCUCGUGGUCUAUUGCUAUUUUCUGACAAGCCCCCCACUGGAGAGGCGCUGAUUAGGCAGAGGCAGGCUGAGGCCGAUGACAAGCACAAACCGAGCCAAACAAAUUAUCCCUGAAAAACUUCGAGCAUCCAUUCAAUUGGGUGUACUCUUCACGACCUCUCUACGAGCCGAACGACGAUUGUUCACGGCCAGGACAAGCUUCCUACCAUCCUCGAUUAACCUCAAACCAACUCUCCCAAAUAGCAGGAUACCGAGCUCUACUCAAACUAUUCUGAUCUUGAGACGAAAGGAAAUUAUCAAGCUGUUUGUUGUUGUCUGCUCAGCCUACGACCGGCCAACCAAUUAUUAUUGUAGCCUGUCCAAGAAAUCGUCUUCACAGCCACCCAGCCAAACCCUGCGAUCUCCCCCGCUCAGCACUCGCCCGUCGAAAUCCAAUGCUAUUAUUGAAACACUCUCCUCCAAGCUAACGACCUCCUCCUUCGCGACUCUACUCCCGCUCACUGCGUCUUCUCGUUUGCCUUUGUCAUCAUCAUCCGCACUAGCACUACGCUCUACCACCAACACCCCACCACCCACCAACUCUGAGCUCUGCAAAAGCUGGAUUCAAUUCACCAAUGCCCUGACUCAGCAGUCCUCCUCCCACCACCAUCCCUCUGCUACAAUCCCUCAUCUCACCACUCCCCAGCCUCGAGCACCACCGGCUCCAGUCAACAGACCCAAAUCCGCCAGUCUUGGCCAACCCAAUCUGUCCCCGCCCUCCCCUGGUGAUCUCUCACCCUCAUCAACCGACUCCUCCGCUGAUAACACCCCUCUCAGUCCACCCCUUCGGCUGCUAAGCGUCGCCGAUCUCCACCUCAACUCACCCGCGAUCUCCAGCCAAAGCUUCCCCCAGCUAACCGGACCUCAUCUCGACCAUAUUCUACCUCUCAAUAAUAACAACAACAGCAGCAGCAACAAUAACAACAACAACAACAUAAACAACAACAACAAUAGCAGCAGCAACCUUGUUCAUUCGUCCCCACAAACAAACCAUCGGGCCAUCACAAAUCAUCACCGUCACCCUUCCCUUUCUCGAUCCAACCUGCCCUCCCCCUCGCUCACCUCUGGCUACGGCUUCGGUGAACUUGCCGGGGCGCUCGGUGUCCGCCCGGAGAUUCGCAAAGUGAGUGACAUGACCAUCCACUCGGCCGACCAUCCACCUUCGCCUGUCGAUCCAAUCAAUCUCGAUCAAACCCGCCAUCACCAUCCUCCGCCGCCUCCUCAAUCAGAACCCCUUCGGUCAGAUGCCCUUCUCGGCCAUGACCAUGCUGAGAUCGUCCACCAGUCUCAUCAUCAAUCGACUGCCGUCGGCGUCGACUCUCGGCUGGAACGAGCGCCCAACACUCUCUCCGAUUUUCAACCUCCCUCAUCAUCUUCAUCAUCCAACCUGACGACUACUGCUGAGUCAACCACCGAACAAUCACAGCAAGAUACGAUCAACGAAACCCAUACGAACCUUUAUGCCAGCUCACCAAUCAUCACCCCCUCCAUUCCCACCACCACCGCACCAGCUCGAUCAAACCAGACUCCCUUGCACUCCGAUACCACCAAUCUCCAUCAUUCAUCUUCUACUACUUAUCCUCGCCUACCUCUGCAGUAUUCAACCUCCUCCCAAUCUCAUGCUUCGUUUCAAUCCCAACAAGGACAGAUCAACACUUCUCUCGGGCCAAACCAAUCAGCCUAUCAGUCUGAUUGUAUUUCUUCGUUUGAACAUACCCCUCAUUCAACCGUUGGACUUAAUAAUCCAACCUCUGGCUAUCACCCUUCCCCUUUCAUAGCUCAUCAUCGCCGAAGUCACAGCAAACCCGAUGGACGCAGUAGCAUGUUUGUAAACCCAUUCCUAGGUGCUCCCUCCUCCCAUACCAAUCCAACACCCCCCUCCCCCGGCGCAUCAUCCUCGCAUUCGCAUAGCUUUUAUCAUUCCCACGCCCAACCCCGUUGUUCUUUAACAGCCGCUCCAACACCCACUAGACACCGGCUCAGUAUUUCUUCACAGCCUGGCGGUGCAUCGAGUUCUCCUUCAUUAUUAUCUGGUGCCAACCGACAUCGAUCCUCAUCAACGGCCACUGGUACGGCGCGUGGAUGCGAUCCUGUUCAUCGGUCCGCCAUGGGACUGGCUAGCCCUGAUGUGGGUAGCAGCCCCAGUUUUGGCACAGCUGCCACCGCCAUGGGCCUUCUCAGUCACAUCACUUCCCCCAAUAAUUUCACCAAGGACUCGCAAUCUUCAAGUCACUCAUUCGAAGCCCUGGGUAGAAAGCCCGACAGUAGAGGUAGCGCCAAUCAGCUCGAACAUUCCAAUCAAAUGGAGCAUACCAGUCAUAUGGAGCAUCUCAUCAAGCAAACCGGUCAGAUAGAGCAGACUGCUGGUCACAUGGAGCAUACCACCAGUCAUAUGGAGCAGCCUGGUCAGCUCGAACCAACGAGUCAGACAGACAGCUCUGAUCAAAAACCGUUGCACUCUCUUCACCCACACUCCCCACUCACGCCUGGAUUUGCUGGAAGUGCCUCCUUUAGCUUCGGUAACUCGGCCAGUAAUCGUGUCAAAUGCGAGAUACCACCCAACUCUGAUAUGGCCGACCUCUCAACUGGCCCGGUAGGCUCGUCAAACUCUGCUAUGAAUCCUAUCCCGAUCAACAUGAGGCCCGACUUGGCCAAUCUGAAAGAUGGCCCCGAUGGUCCCAAUGGCAAGCCCGGAUAUCCAUAUGUUGUUCUGAUUCGGUAUGCCAUCUUGGGCAGUCCCAACGGGAAACUAACCUUACAAGAGCUGUAUGAAACGAUCAUGGACCGAUUCCCCUAUUAUCGUACCGCUGGAAAGGGUUGGAUGAACUCGAUCCGACACAACCUGAGUCUCAAUCGCUGCUUCGUCAAGCAGCCUCGACACAUUCUGGACCCUGGCAAAGGUUCUUAUUGGACUGUUGACCUGGAGGCUGAACUAUCCACCUCAAGAGCUCGUGAUCGCAAACGUGCCAGUGGAAGUUCAAGAUCGAGUAUUGGUAGCAUCAGAUCUUUGAAGGGCAGUCGACGUGACAGUCUGAGUGGUGAUCCACGUUCACCAACACUUGACGAGAUUAUCGGAUCCUCUCCAAGUAGGAUGCUUUACAUGUCUGAUGAAGAGACAGACGAGGUUCAUGUUCAACCCCUUGGGAGCUUUGCGCCGGAGCACCCAACCACUUUUGCAGAGGAUGGCGAUGGAGAUACGAUGAUGCAAGGCGGCGAAGGAAGCUUUCAACAGCACCCUUCAACGCCAAUCAAAUCUCCCAAGUCAGGACGAAUCAGUGCCAAGCGAGCACCUAAACUUACGAAAAUGAAGCAACAGGGGUUGAAAGUGCAGGUUUCUGGCAACUCGGAUCUGACCAGCAAUCACCUACCUCCGAGUUCUUGCUCACCCUCAACGCCAGUGACCCCUCAUCAACUGUAUCAUCAGGCGGAUCCAUCUUCUAAUAUUUUACAGAGUCCAUUCCAUCCUCAAGCUGGAUAUGUAUCCAGCCCCCCUGACACGAUCGGACGCACGAUCCCUAGGACCGGGUCUCCUUACCGAGGAAGUACUCUUAUGCGUUCUCCGCUCACUUCGAUUAUGAGCUACUCCUCCAGUUCCCACUGUCCAACCACCGCAACCACGUCAGAUAGCAAUCAGAUCGACCCCAUAUCACCGAGCUCUUCUGCCUACGGUCUCAAUACUGGACUCAGCAGCAACUACCAUCCUUCAUCAACUGCGAUGGUCAAUUGUCGAGAGGGUGGCCCCCCAUCCCAGAAUCCGUUCUCAUUCGGAGCUCACCCACAUUCAGCCUAUCAACCUGGAUUCAAUCCCUUCAGUCCUCCUCUGAUGCACCAUCCACAAUCCAGCCCCUCUCCCGCGAUGGGCGAUCGUCAUCCGGCAAGUGCAGGACCCUGGCCGAGCUCGUUCCAGGCUUCGGCCUAUCCGACCUCUGCCCCGAUCAGGGGCGUAGGGACCAGCCACCAUCAGCCCAGCCAAAGCCACAGUGGGGUCUAUGGCUUCCAGCCGUCAUCGAUGGCGGGCAUCGUCCCCCGACCCAGGUUCUCUGUCUCCGCCGGAGGCAACUCUAGACCCGUCUCCUCCGAGUCUUCGUCCACCAAUAACCCGCCUCAUAGUACGACUGGUCGUCAGACUCCAGCUUCUAACGACUCUGACGCUUCUCGUCGGUCUAGCAUUGGUGGAGGUCCUGGCGGAUCGACUAAUUUCGUUAGGAUCGAUGGCUUCGGUAAUGGGAACCCUGCCGUUGACUCCUUGGGAAGAACUCACUCCUCUCAACCUUUAUAA